GGUUUUGUGUAUUUAAAGUAAAUGCACAAAAGUAUAGUAUGCUGUAACCAUCAUAAAACAAACAUUGUCUGAUUGAAACCUGGUGGUAAACUUCUGAAAGUCGUGGUUUACCUUCUUCCUUCAGCAUAUACUCUCCCCUAAGUCGCUGCAUGAAUUUCACUUUGAAAAGCAGGAUUCAACAUAUCUGGUCAUUUGGUGUCUCUGGGGUUUGGGCUGCUUUUUGUCUCUUCAGCCAGGCCUGAGGGCAAACACUGACUGCAGUGUGCUUGCCAGUCAACAUCAGUUUCUUCUGUCAUUUUUAUGCACCUUUUUCAUUUGGAUGAUGUUUUCCCAACAUGACUAUUGCUCUGUGACACUGUGGGAGAUAUAUUUUUGUUUCCCCUCCAGACAAGUAUUUCAGCAAAGCCCUCAAAGUAGAAGUGAAACAGAGCAGUAAGUGUAUGUGUGUCUGUAACCGUUGGUGACACCACUGAACUGAUCACUUCCUGUCUCUAUCUUUCUUAUGUUGUGUUCUCUACAACUCACAGCUUUGCCGAGAUAAUUGUUAGUAUUUAUCUUUUUUUGUCUGUUAACAAGGAUGCAUAGUGGGCACAAGUCAUUAAUCAUAGUUGCAACCAUAGACUGUACAUAAAAGAUGGAUGUACCAUAGUCACAUUGAGAUCACAUAUUAGUUUGUGGACAAUGAUUUUAAGUCUUGAAUUUGGAAUUUGACAGGUACUAUUGUGAUCUUUUGAAACCAGACAUGACAAGAUAAGAAGCUCUCUAUCAUAAUGUUGCCAUCCUGUAAAAAUGGCCCUGUUUUCUGGUUUAUUUCUAUUCUAAAUGGAACCAUCCAUCCCUUAUCUAUACACCACUUUAUCCUCGGUAGGGACACAGAGGGGGGGAACUAAAGUCUAUCCCACCUGACUUAGGAUGAAGGCAAGGGAGACCUAGACAGGUCACCAGUCCAUCACAAGGUAUAAAUGGAACCAUAAUUUACAAAAAAAUCCUCAUGCUGUAUUCAAAAACCUAAUGAUUGAGGCCAACAAGUUAUUAGAAAAAUGUUUACUGAGGUAACAAAUCAAAAGAGUAGUAAAGUAAUUUUGUCAGAAUUCUAAACAGUCUUUUUAUUUUUCAACUAAAGGAGCCAACCCUGCUGGCAAUUAGAAACAAUGCAGGUUUAACUCACUUCCACCUUGGCUUCACUUUUCAGAUCCGGAGGCUACGUCCAUCAUUUAUAUACAGUCUGAUUACAACCUGGGUUGUAUACCGUACAAAAAUAUUAUAGAUCACACUUAUCAAUUUAUCCUCCAUGGGAAGAGAGAAAUCGUGUUUUCUUCCUCACAAGGAAUUUGUUUGCUGAAAUCAAACGUUUUAUACACAAAACAACACAAAAAUAUGUUAUAUAUGUGUUUUGUCGGGAAAUAUUGGCUUCAAUUAUAUAAAAAGUAUGAAUUUUUUUAACCUUCGUUCGGGAACAGAGCAUUGCAACUUUACCACUAACACAUUUUACAAACAUUAGUUCAGUAUUUAUUCAAUAUUCCUCAUUCAGAGAGCCCAGAGUAAUCUUGCAUGAGUUGACAAAAUGUUCACUUACAGCGAGCCUUAUGUGAACCUGUGAAUGAUGGUUGUUGUACUUUCUUACAAAGUAUUUCUGACUUUCUGACUUUAUAGAGCGAGCUACAAUCUGCUUAAAAUCCUCCAGCAUUGACCUCCACUGGUUUAAUUUCUGUCCUUGCUGCAGUGAUGCAGAGGUGAACUCCAGGGUUUGGUCAGUACAGUGGAACAUCACUGAAGGAUGUGCUUACACUGAAACAAGCCUCUGAAACAUUCACAUCCAUGAUUGUGGAUGCUAUCAAACAGAGAAACCUAAGCCAUUAAAGGCAGCGAAAUGCUGCAUCUCAACCUAAUGUUAACCCUAUGAACCCCUGCUCCUGUCACAUUUUCUCACUGUGGGCUCAUUUUUUGCUGCAACAUAAAGUCCUGCAUCUCUAUGGAAAGGGAACAACCAUAUCUCUGAGUACAGAGAAAUCAAAUUAGUGUUUUAUGCAGCACAUUAAAGUUAUAGUGCCAUAAAUAGUUUUUAAAACAUUUUUUUCCACGUGAGUUACCAAAACUGGAAAGAAAUGGUGACUCAACAAACUCUACAUAUUUUACUAUUUCCAUUUUUAAUUUGUUUACAUAUUGUCCUGCUGUCUUCUCAGUGUAGUACACAGCCUGCCGUUCAGCCCAGUUCAGCUUAAAACCCUGAAUUUUUGUCAGGUAAUGCAGCUGAGUCACUAAUGGGCUCAUUGUUAAGGAGCGCAGAAUUUUUUCUUUUUAAAGAUAGUAACAAAUGGUUUAUUUUUGCUGAAAUUUUGCAGCUGAAACAGAUUUAAAGUUUGAAUUUGUUUAAAUUUCCCAACCAAAUAACUUAUCUCAGAGUAUUUCAAGGGCUGUUGGAGGAAACUGAAAAUCCAGAAAUUCCCUGUUUUUGCAGUUUCUGGCUUUUCUCUUAAAGACAACAUGCCUUUUCAACCCUCUGGCAGGUUUUGGGUUUAGAGGGUUAGGUUAGUUGAUAAUUGUCCCACUGCAGUGAGCCCCGCUUACCUGUUAGUCAAAGCAGAUAUGAACAGACUCCUGCUGGAUUUAAUAUAAUGUUCAUGUCUGUAACCAACUCCACAAAGCCCACAGUUAGUUAGUCGAGCAAGCUGAUGGUGGGUAUUUGAUCUGGGCUUCGAGUUUGUGAAUGCCGCACCUGCUGACCACUAAAUGAACCUGUGCACAACAUGACCCCACAAAUUCAACCUUCACGCUCCCACCACAACCUCCCACCUUUCACCCCCUCCUCGCCCUAUUCACCGAAUCCUCUUCCCUCUCUUGUUCCCAUUGGCUGGCUGCCUGACUGGGACUUCCCUCCCUCCCUGUGAGUGUGUCGCGCCGUCCAGUGACAGUCCUCCCAUAAAUAGGCUAGCCACACUGGUAUGCGCUCGUACAUUUACAAGCAGAGCUCUGUGAUUGGCUCGCAGGCGGAGCACACUGGCAUGCGGACAUAUUACUUCAGUGCAGACACCCAAGAGGACAUGAACACCUGGCUGACAGCCAUGAACCAGGCCACGCUGAUGCAGAACCAUGGAGACACACUCAUCAGACCAGCUGACAAGUUAGAGAAGCUGCUGCAGCAGGCUGUCCCCCAGACAAACCACGUAAACCACCACAAGAUCAAGACUUCAGAGUCUGAGACAACAAGGCCCAUCAUCCACGAGGUUCUCCUGGAGCCCAUCCACCGUGACGCCGAGAGCCGCUGCAGCUUUCACAAAGACUCUCCUGGCACCAUCAUGUUGGAGCACCCCAUAGGGAGCACUGGUCUGGAAAUGGACACACACACUUCCCUGCCAUCCAAUCCUCCCUCCUCCACCCUCCUGCAGUCAGACCACGUGUCGGCUUCAGCGCCUGUAUCAAGGGUACCAUCCCGUGCGCCGUCUCGAGCUGCCUCGACUUUGCCCUCCAGCGUUUGCACGAGGAACGGCCUCGUCUCCACGCCCAGCCCCAUCCUGGAGCCCAACGGGAUCGCAGCCGGGACGUACCAGAGGGCUCCAGAGCCGCCUGCUGCAGACCCACAAAAGCAGGUGCACAGGAGAAGUGUUCUGGAUCAGGUGGAGCAGUGGGUCAAAGUGCAGAAGGCUGAGCACAAAGGCCCCCCAUCCAGAGACAACACCCUUCCCCGCCGCACGCCUCCAGCCCAGCACAAAUUCGCCUCCAUUGACGCAUAUCAGACCCUGCCAAAAACUCCUCGCCAGAGUCCUUCACCUGGUCGACUCGGCGAGUACAAAUAUGCCCAGGACCGCCUGAGCCACUUCCGCCUCACCCCAGAGCAAGGAGGUCCAGGGUCCAACACCGUCUGGCAGCUGUAUGAGUGGCAGCAGCGACACCAGUUCCGUCACGGCAGUCCCACGGCGCCACUUUACACUCCAGCCCCAGAGUACCCAUUUGGUCCCCGGCCCCCAUCCACUGUGCCUCCCUCCAACUCAGCUCCCAGGUCAGAGGGGCCUCCUCGCUGUGUGUCGGUACCACCUUCAUCCGCAGACAUCCCUCCACCGGGGCCCCCACCCGGCACCAGCCGAACCUUGUCGCCCACACGGAGGCCACACACGCCUGCUGAACGGGUGACAGUCAGGCCUGUGAGUGACAUGUCAGUGUUGGACAUCCCCUUCACUGUAUCCCCCCGCAGAACCAAAUCUCAGCUGCUCAAGGCUGCUACUAUUGAGAGACGGUCAAUGCCUACAUCUGGCUACAUCACACACACAGUCAGCGCACCCAGCCUUCAUGGCAAAACGCCGGAGGAGCUCACUCUGCUCCUCAUUCAGCUGCGCCGGCAUCAGGCCAAGAUGGCCUCCGCACGUCAGCAAACGUUAGCCCAACUCCAGCGGCUCAACGGUCCCAAAGAGCCCCUCCACCAACACCGCCUCUUCACGGCUACCACCACUAGCACCAGUCCCCUCCUCAGCGCUGGGCCCUCUCCUGUGUCCCCACUUGGACAUGUGGGCCUCUCAGCUCCACUAGGCCCUUGCAACUCCCAGGCGGAUGACACCUACAUGCAGCUAAAGAAGGACUUGGAGUAUCUGGACCUAAAGAUCAGAGCUCUAGAGCCCCUGAUCCUCGCAGUUCACAGUUUACUACUGCACUGCACUGCUGGGCCUCUCAGGCCUCUAAUGAACGUAGCUGGAAGUCAGACACUGAAGGAGUCAGGGAAACCUGUCAAGGUUGCAGAAAGUGAUGUGGAUGUGAAGUUGAGUCGGUUAUGUGAACAGGACAAGAUCCUGAAGGAGCUGGAGGCGAAGAUCAGCUCCCUGAAGGACGACAAGGACAAGCUAGAGAGCGUACUGGACGUGUCCCACCAGCAGAUGGAGCAGUACCAGGAGCAGCCGGCCCACGCCCACAAGAUCGCCUACCAGCAGAGGCUGCUGCAAGAAGAUCUGGUGACCAUCAGGGCCCAAAUAUCCCGCCUCUCAACGGAGAUGGCACAUGCCUGGGAGGAGUACAGCAGGCUUGAGAAAUCAGUAGAGCAGUUGAGGAUGGCACUGCAGGCACAUAUGAACCACAGCGCCACCCCGCAGCCAGAGAAAGCGGAAAUGAAGCGGGAGCUGUGGAGGAUUGAGGAUGUGAUGGCCGGACUGAGUGCCAGCAAAGCCAACUACAAGAUCACAAUUGACUCAGUCCAGAACCCAGAGAGGAAACUAGUGCCUUCGGUGUCAGACCCGGCAGUGCCUUCUCACAGCGCAGAGGUCCAGCCUCCUCCUCGCAGCUCCAUCCCCACCAUCAUGUCCCAUACUUUGCCUCACAGCACUGUGCCAAAGUGGGCAGAGGACAGCGCCCCACCCAGGCCGCCACUGCCUCGCCUCUAUGACUAUGAGGAAACACCCCCUGUGGUGCCCCCGCUCCCCAAAGAGGCGUCAGUCAUCCGCCACACAUCAGUGCGUGGCCUGAAACGCCAAUCAGAUGAGAGGAAGAGGGACAGAGAGAGCGGGCAGUAUGUUGCUAAUGGGGACUGUAAGACUGACUUGCGAUCAUACCUGAGUGAACCGGAGCUGCCAGGAAUUAGCCACCACAGCAUGGGGCCUGAUACUGACUAUCAGUACUUUCCAAGCAAAGGUCUACCAGGCUCCUCAACUCAACUGAACCAGUCCAGCUCCAUCUCAUCCUACGUCACCCUUAGGAGGGGCCCUGGGAGCUCUGCAGCAAAGGAGAGACCUAAGAGUGCUCUGGAGCGUCUGUCAUCACCCACAGAGACUCUUCAGCUCCCAAGCAACCAAUCUCGCGGCCGAAUGACUGCGGAGGAGCAGCUGGAGCGGAUGAAGCGCCACCAGAAGGCUCUGGUUCGCGAGCGCAAGAGGAACCUCAGCCAGGGCGAGCGCUCCUACACGGGCCUCUCCACCUCCACUGCCACCACCCAGCGCUCCUCGUCCUCCUCCAGGCUGCCCUCCAGCGGCUCCGACCCUCCGGCCUCCGUGUUUGACUGGCAGGAGGAGCGACCCGGAGCAGAAGGUCAGAGCGAUGAAGGGUGGAAUCCGGUCAAAGAGAGGGGGAGGAAACAUUCAGACGAGUGGGUGACGGCAACAGCUACACGCAUACGAGAGGUGGACGUGGAGCCUUUCGACUACAACUUGGAUAUCAGCCGAGAGCUGUCCAAACCACAGAAGGUUCCAAUCCCAGAGCGCUACAUCGAGUCAGACCCUGAGGAGCCUCCUAGCCCAGAAGAGCUGGAGGAACGCUCCCGUCGGGCCGAGCGCAUCAAGAACCUGCUGACCAAAUCCAGUGUUCAGAACAUACAGCCAUCUGCACCGCUGGACUUCAGUGAGCUGGACUCAGCUCUGCAGCAGCAGGAGAGGAUCAUGAAUGUGUCCCAGGCCCUGGCUUCAGAGGCCUCACGCAAGAGCAAACAGGUGGCAGCCAAAGCUGCUGCAGAGCACUGACCCACAGGAUCGACCAGCACAAAACUGAAGAGAUUCUUUGUGAAGGCAAAGUAAAAAAGAGGGAAGGAAGCAUUUUUCUGCCAACUAACUGAUUCACUUGUAACAGAUCCCUUUUUGUAUGACUGACAGGAAGACACAUUUCGCAAAGAGUUUUUUAAUUCAUAGUUUUAAAUAGUAUAUAGUUUUCUUGCUUCUGCACUUACAUUGUACAAUUGAGCGCUAAUUUAUAACACGAGUGAGUUGCUUCUUUUAUCUGCAGUUACCUGCUCUGCAGUUUUCAAAAAGGGGAAUGAAAUCCGAUUCCAGCGUGUUAGCAUUGCGGUGGGAAUGUUUCGACAUGAAUCGUUUAUUUAUUACAUUGUUUGGCUUGACACGCUUCUGUCAACACUGUCACUCAAUGAUCACGGUCCUGUCAAUCAACUCGAAUGCAUUAAAAUAUGUAACAGUUUAAGCACACAAAAAAAGUGAAGUCAUUACAUAAAAUAAACUUAACGACUGAAAAAUC